AUGGAAGCAGUGCAACGUCUCAUUCAACUGAUACAAGGCGCAGGAUUUGUGCCGGGGGCGUUUGAAGCACAGGUUCUGCUUGACUGCGACCUGGAUCAAAUGAUCACGAUCAGUCGAUCACUGUUCAAAGCGCUGGUCCAACUGACCGGCAACUAUGACUCCGCUGAUCGCGAGCUCACGACCAGUAUCAUGGUCAAAGAGUGA